GUGAACAACAAUUUGACCCCUCCCCUUCGACCCUCAAUGUCUCGGUCUGGCAGAGGAUUGAUUCAUCAUCAAAACAAACCAUCAGUCUCAUCGCCAUGACGCCUUUGGAUUAGAGGGGCAAAGAAGAAACACAUCCGCACGCCAGAGAACGCACAUGACACCGCCCCAAAUUCCACAUCCUUUUGAUCGACGGCUCCCUCAACAUCAACAACCACAAUAACCGCCACAGCCGCCUUGCUUUCGUCCUACCAGCAAGCAAUGGAAAUGUUCCUCUGUUCUGAAGAGUCUUCGUCAACUUCGAGAUAGCCGGCUGUCUCUGUCCGGAGUCGUUACAGCUCGAUAGUCUCGUUUACCUACGCCAUCAAUUCGCAUCGUCUCAAUCACCAAAAGCCUUCCGUCGUGGCCUUCCACCGUACAAGUUGGCGCUUCCACCAAAUGAUACGCUGCGAGCGAAACACCUCUCACAUCGCCUGCAAGCUUUGAUCAGCAACGCAGCCAAGACCCCAUCCGAGGCGUUGCCGUUCUCACCUACGCGCUUGUCACCAGAGUCUGUUCUUGCCGAUGCCCAUCCGUUCCCAUCCUAGUCUACGACAACAAACGGACAAAACGCAUGGCCACGAGGGUCAAAUUCAUCGUAACUAUCGCCAACAGGGCCGCCCAGAUUCCUUGACAAGUCAUCUGCCCGCCGCUCAGAGGGCCCCGGCCCCCUCUCGUGCCCACCAUCGCCUGGCCCCCGCAUGCUUCCCGUCGUUUCGCCUCACCAAGUUCGCGUAUCACAUUCGCAAGUCGUUGCCACAACCUUUGUUUAUCAACCACUUGCUUCUUGGCCCUGCGGCUCUCUAUCUCUCCCUUCUUCUCGACCUGGCUACGUUCGAAGCUGUCCAAAAAGUUUCCUGCUCGUUUCUGAUCACCAUCGUCUUGCCCAAACGCCGAGAUGGAGACAAGGGGGUGGCCCUAGUAGAAACGGGAGUUGGUUGCGUCCCGCAUCUAAUUGCAUGGCUACGCCCUGCCGCUCCACCACUCUACUUGUGGACGUGAUGGAGCAUUUGAGCAUCCAAAGUCGUGUCGGCUGUUAGUAGGCCACUCUCAAGCUAUGCUACAGUUCCAGCAGUCAACAUCAAAUAUUGACCAGCAAGCACACGGUUCAGCGGUUCCAUCAC